UCUUUGGAACACAUAAGAAUUUGACAUGCAUGUGCCUCACUCUAUAAGAAACACAAACCUCCUUAAUUACUCUCUGUAUUGUAAAUUUUCACCUGUGAGCAGCAGUUGGAGUGUAAGAUUGUGUCAAUAUGAACAACAUAUGAGUAUCACUUGUCAUCCGCCCCCUGCAACCUUGAAAGAGAGAGAGAAAGACUAGUAGAUUAAAUCUCAGAAUGAUGUCAGACAGAUUAAUCUGUUUAUUUCAUGGUCCAUCUGAACCAUCUCUCCCCAAACGGUGCCACUUCUUGUCUUCUCCCUCCACAUGGGGGCACUGUUGCUCUGUUCUGCUCUGUUCCCUGCAUGCCUCCUCAUGGACCCAAAUGGAGGCAAAGACAGGAAACUAAUAGAGACACUUUGGGCUCGCUGUAUCUGCAAAGUCAUGAUAAGUUUCCUUCCUCAGACCUGUGUGGUAUCUCAUCUUGUUCCCGUUGUGUCGCUCUUGCAGCUGUUGGCUUACAUCACCGGGUCUGUGUUUGGUGCGCGUAAAGGCGAGGACCUCUGAGUCCCUGAGCGUUUAUCAGCGGUCACUUUCCCUUCUUUCCACGAGGGAGGGAGACGACUGAGGUGCUGCUUUCUACCUUCUGUCAGAUCCGGAUCAGGAGUGCUGCGUGUUCAUCCUCCACAAACCAGGUCUCGUUUGUCUUUGCGUCAAGUUGGAAAGUGUGUAAACCUCGUCGCUGCAGCAUCGGUGAGCCUGGAAGUACGUGACGUGAAUCCUGAGCGCAACUCGGAGUGGUUUCUGUUGUUUUUUUUCUCAACUCGAGCAUCAUCUAAUCGAAUUACCGUUACCAGUACUCACUGUCCUCCUCAGACUUGGACUUUUCUUCUUUUUUUUUUUUUGCAUUUAUUGAUUUACAUUUUCCAAGUUCUCCUUUUUGACACAUUGUCGAAAUGGCGUCACUGUACCAGAGAUUCACCGGCAAGAUCAACACGAAUAACUCGUUCCCGAAGCCUCCAGAGGCGAGCCAUCUCCUCGGGCAAGGUGUGGAGGGGGAGAGGCCGGCGGAAGGCACGCGUCCCCGGCUCCAGCAGUCCUAUCGGGGACACAGCGAGGACGAGGACGAGCUGGUGGGCAGUAACCCUCCGCAGAGGAACUGGAAGGGAAUAGCGAUCGCCCUUCUUGUCAUUCUGGUCAUCUGCUCACUGAUCGUCACCUCCGUCAUCCUGUUGACACCAGGAGAAGACGACCGCCUGGCUCUGAAGGGGAAGGUGACGGUUGGAGACCUGUUCAGAAAAGACUUCAAGGUUCACGACCCCAACGCCAAAUGGAUCAGCAGUAAUGAGCUGCUGUACCGCAAUCAUGAAGGCGAUGUCGUCAAGUUUAACGUGGAAACGCAUGAAAACACCAUCCUGGUGCAUAACAAGAAGUUUGAAAUGUACAAAGCCAGCAAGUAUGAGGUGUCUCCUGACAUGAAGCAUGUGCUGCUGGCCUACAACGUUGCACCGGUGUACCAGUAUUCAUACACGGCUUUCUACAUCAUCUGCAGCCUGGAGACUCCGGAGACGUGGAACUUGAACCCUCCAGAGGUGCGAAAUGCUCAGCUGCAGUACGCUGGCUGGGGACCGCAGGGACAGCAACUGAUCUUCAUUUUCGAGAACAACAUCUACUAUCGCUCUACUGUGGAGAGCCGCUCCAUUCGUCUGGUGUCUACAGGCAAGGAGGGUGUCAUCUUCAAUGGGCUCAGUGAUUGGCUGUAUGAAGAGGAGAUUUUUCAGUCCCACAUUGCCCAUUGGUGGUCUCCAGAUGGUGCCAGGUUAGCAUACGCCACCAUCAAUGACAGCCUGGUGCCCAGGAUGGAGCUGCCCAUGUUCACAGGAACACCCUACCCAAUGGGGAAAGAGUACCACUACCCUAAGGCCGGCGAGGAGAACCCGCUCAUCACUCUGUAUGUUGUAAACCUGAACGGCCCUCUUCACACCAUCGAGAUGAGGAGACCUGAUGAUCCCAGGAUCGGUGAGUACUAUGUGACCAUGGUGAAAUGGGCGACCACGACUAAGCUGGCCAUCAACUGGCUGAACAGAGCUCAGAACAUCUCCAUUCUCACGCUGUGUGAGGCCACGACGGGAGUUUGCACCAAGAAACAUGAGGAUGAAAGUGAAGGAUGGCUGCACAGACAGAAUGAGAAGCCGCUGUUUUCCAAAGAUGGCCUCAAGCUUUUCUUCACUCGCGCCAUCCCUCAAGGAGGAAGGGGCAAGUUCUUCCACAUCUCCAUGUCCAUCUCUCAGCCCAACACCAGCACAGACACUCUGCAGUCCAUCACGUCUGGGGACUGGGACGUCACCCAAGUCCUGGCCUACAACGAGGACAGCCAGUUGAUAUACUUUCUGAGCACUGAAGACGGUCCAAAGAGAAGACAUUUGUACAGUGCGGACACAUUUGGUUCAUUCAACCGUCGCUGUCUGUCCUGCGCCCUGUCCGAUAGCUGUGGCUACAUCAGCGGCUCCUUCAGCCACAACAUGAGCUUCUUCCUGCUCAACUGCCAAGGCCGGGACAUCCCGUUUGUUUCUGUGUACAAGACCCAGAGAGACGAGGAGAGUGAGACGCAGCACAGAGAGAAUAUUUCAGAGGUGCACAAACUUGAGACCAAUGAGAAGCUGAGGAGGGCCCUGGACUCCAUGCAGAUGCCCAAAGUGGAGUACAAGGAAAUCCUCAUGGACGACUACACUUUGUCUCUUCAGAUCCUCAAACCUGCCAGCUUCAUGGAGACAUCGCACUAUCCACUCCUCCUGCUCAUUGAUGGGACACCUGGUGGCCAGAUGGUGUCGGAGCGCUUUCACAUGGACUGGGCCACAGUGCUGGUGAGCAGCUUCGGAGCCAUCGUGGUGCGAUGCGACGGGCGAGGGAGCGGCUUCCAGGGAACGAACCUGCUGCACCGCAUCCAGAAGAAGCUGGGCGUGUACGAGGAGCUGGACCAGAAGGAUGCACUCAAUUUUCUUUUGAAAGAGCCUUACAUCGACAAAACACGAGUGGGAGCUUUUGGGAAGGUGUAUGGAGGCUAUGUCACCAGCCUCUUGGUUAGCGGUGAGGAAUCCCCCGUAAAGUGUGGAGCUGUUCUCUCGCCUAUCACCGACUUUGAAUUAUACGCCUCUGCCUUUUCAGAGAGAUAUCUCGGACUGCCAAAACCCGAUCCAAGGGCGUACACGAUGGCAAACUUAGCACACAGAGCAUCUCAGUUCAUGGAGAAGAAGUUUCUCAUUAUCCAUCCAACAGCUGAUGAAAAAGUCCAUUUCCAGCACACAGCGAAAUUCAUCUCCCAGCUCAUCAAUGAAAAAGCCAACUACACCCUACAGAUCUACCCAGAUGAAGGCCACUUCAUCCACAAUGAAGCAACAAGGCAGCACCUCAGCCAGUCCCUGGUGAACUUCUUCGAGGAGUGCUUCAGGCUACCAGAGAUCGUGUUCGAGGAGGCGCUGGAGGAGGAGAGCGAGGACGAGGGUUAGCUCAGCCUCCCGAGGCUCCUGUGCCCUGAAAUCCCUCCUACUCAUCUGUUCAAUUUACCUUUGCCUCCAUCCUGUCUCUGUGCUCAAGCGCACAACACCGGCAUACCACAAUAUGCAACUCUCACCUGUUGUUGCUCAGUUUGAUUUGGUUUGCAUUUGGACUCCCUGUGUCCGCAUGCUGAACCUGAGACUGCCUUUCUAGCAGACGACGAUCUACUUCUUCAUCCAUCCCCUCCCCCGCCGCCUCAUCCUCUGCCCCUGAGUUCAGACGUACAGGCCCCUGCAGAGAGCCGAUAAAGACUGAAGAGCCAACGUGAUGUUUUGGAAUAUACUGAUUGUAAAAACAUGGCGGUCUCCUCCACAGCGGGAUGGACCAGCUGAGGAGGAAGCAUCAGCUCUCACACAGACAUUGCAGCUGUGAGGGGGAAAAACCUUAUAGCACAUGACUCGUGGGCUUGUAAAUAAAUGAGAAUCAGACUCCUGGUGAAAAACACUGGCUGCCGGUGUUCAAACUGCGUGUCUGGAAAUGUGGGAAUACAGGAAAUGUAACUAUUUUUAAAGUCGUGAAGAACUUUCAUGUUGGACUGUGGUUGUGUCUAUUGUUCUUACAGUAUGUAAAAUAGCACACAAACAUUCACUCGGCUCUUACGGAUAUACAGUAUUUUUAUUUCAGUGUUCGUUCGCCCUGGUGUUGGUUUCAUCUCGUAGCUUUUUUUUAAUUUGAUUUUCAGAUAUCCUGAAAUGAUUCUGUGACUGGCAAACUGUUUAGAAGACAAAAAUAUGUCACGUUUCUUCAUGUUCAUUUUUUAGACAUUUUAACUGAGAAGCUCCUGUGAUAUCAAAAUGUCUUCUCUUCAUCACCUUCUUGUGUUAGUCACUGUGCCUUACUUUGUCAGAAAACACCCUGCUGCAGGUCCAAGCUUGUGAAGUACAACGUUGCUGAUUUUAUAGAGAUAGUUUGACAUUUUGGGAACUGGGAGUAUUUGCUUUGGGGUCGACUGAUAAGAAGUUUGUACACUCUUUCAGCCAGCUAGCAGCUAGCUAGCUCGUAGGGUUGCCACCUUGGGUUUGUGAAAACAAGGGACACUCGACAAAUUGUUUGGGGCGGAGGGCUCGGCCACUAUUACCAGUUCAGACCAAGCGGCAACCUCCGGUCUCAAACUAUGACGCCCAUGCGGAAGUGUUAUAAACUGCAAUUCAUUGAGUAUCCACUUGAGGCUGGCUGCAGAAACACAGGAAACCACAUACACACCAAUUAAAAAAAGACGAUCUUUGCAGCAUUAAUAAACAUGUUUACAGCCUGGUUAAAAAAAAACAGCUUGGCUCUAUGUAGCUAAUCUCUCUAUCGGCACACACUGUACGGGGGGUGAAUUUUUUUCUAACGCGACGGUUCAGAAGAUAUUAAGAUUGCAAGUUUUUGCCCAAAUAAGGACAUGACUGACGUGACUCCCGGUUGGGAACACAUAGCUGUUGGCUAUGUCCAAUAUGGCUGCCUCCAUCGAUUGGCUUCUAAACAGCAUUCAGAAACAGAUGGGUGACAUCACGGAUACUACGUCCAUUAUUUAUACAGUCUAUGGUUCAGACUGACCUGCUGUAGCUGCCUGUUUAUGCUUUUUUGUUUUUGCGUGGAUUUCCAAAGCCCUUCAUAUUUUACAGAGAUUUUCGCCAGACACAAAAACGCAUGUGGUGGAAAAAUUGCCCCCCUGGGUCGGCCGUACCCAUUCAAACUCUGACAGUGUCGCCCAGUCAGGAUUGUAACUAGUGUUGUGUCUUAACAGCCCGUGAUGUGCAGAUGCAGAAUGAACUUCCUGACACUGGCUUGCUCAAAGUUCAGCAUCAGUAGCAAGCAUAGCGACUGCUUGGAGGGCAACUGGGCCAGAUGAAGUCGCCUUGUCCUCUGUCUCCAAAGGCCGUCUUAUAAAGGGUGUAGGUAUCGUCACAACACACACAUAUAUGGACUCUUCAAGCCAAGUUUAACGUUAGCUGCUAUUUGACUCCAACUCUGAAGACCUUAAAAUGACAACAGUCAGGUGACCAUUGGUCAAAGAUGCCAACUGUCACAGUCAAUCACAUUUAGGGUGAGAAAUUCCUGAAGCCUCCUGGAGCCAUUCUACAAAUUCUUGAAACCUCCUGAAGUCAUUUUAAACAACACAGACUAACAACAUAUACUUAAUCUUAUGUGUUUAAAUAUCAGAUACUUCACUAGUAUAUCGUUUUUUUCGUGCUGGUGGCUUGCAUGUAUUUGCUCCAUCUCCUUCCUCGUCAGUCGUCUCUCCUCACAUUUCAAACGGCGACGCCAAAAGUUGGUGAAAAGAAGACCUCAGCGCGGUGUACGUUGCAAGUUAGUUGUGUACAGAGUCAGAGAGCAAGAAUCCUCAAAGACAGGACAGUUAAAUAAGAAUGAAUGAUGGGUAAACCUUGUUGUUCUUUUUAAACUGAACCUAAAGAUCUAAUGGAUUAAGAGAUAAAAACAGCACCAUGUGUGUUUAAAAGGUCUGUCUACAUUGAUCUGCUACCUGUGAACACAACACACAUAAACCAGAGAAGGAGGCACUUAAUAAGGUGUUGAUGGUGAAAACGAGACUUUGGUUAAAACAUCUGAUAGAGGUCAAAAUGCUGGAUAUGAAAGAGGAAUUGUUGUUUUAAGAUGGUUAAUUCAAGCUUGUGCAUCAAUUACAGUCAAUUCAGCUUGCUGUCUCUCUUCAGUCAAGUUCCCCCUCCCUGCUUGAGCCGAUUUGAACGCUAGGGUGUGUGCGUUUGACAUAUGCAUAGACGGGAAGACACCAGAGACGAUUUUAAAUAGCCACAGAAGCACGGGGAUCUUUCUAGACUACAGAACGAAGGAAAUUAAAUGAGGGUUUUGCAUUGUCCCCCAAAAACGAGACAAAUUGUGUCCCGAGAGAUUUUUAUUAACAAUUCUGGGAAAAACGAAACAGGUGGCAACUCUACUAGCUCGGCUUACAUGCUGGAAAGAUGAGUAAACACUUACAGUUAGCCUGGAACUCACCAAAGUAAGAAACUACUGCCUAUCAUCUCCACAGACUUUAACCACGGGUGAACAGAAAAACCUUCAGAUUGGUUUAGCUCAGCGGUUAAAUCGCACACCUCAUGUCCUCCAAGCAGCAGCCUAGAUUCAAACCUGAUACAGCUAUUUGUGGCACGUCAUCCCUCACUCUUUCUCUCCAGUUUCCUCCUUUGUUCACUGUCCCAUUGUCUGAAAAAGGUGUUUAAAACCCCCCAAAAGUUAUCUGUAAAGGAAAAGAAACCCUCACAUUCUUUCUUCUGGAUUAUUUCUUGACCUGCUUCUAAGUGUCUACGCUUAAGCUAGGCUGCCUGGAUGUUAAUUUAUGGAAAGAUAUGACUUAGGGAUAAGUCUAACUGAAGGAAAGAAAGCUACACACCUUUCCCAAAAUGGCAGCUAUUAUCUAAAAGAGAUAACUCAAAAUCACUGUUAUAAACACACUCUGUUAGCUACUUUUUAGCAGCUAAUGUUUGAUUGUGACGCUGCAAUUUUCUGAGUUUUCACCAAAAAUGAAAUUACAAUUCUCUGGAGAAGUGUCCCCAAUUAUUACACCUUGCUAAGAUGUACAGAAUUUGCAUGUGUCAUAGCUUAUACAAUGUUUAAGGAAGGUAAGUGAAGAAAACUGAAAGACCUAGCUUUUAUGAAUGAAUACGAUGCUUAAGGUUGAAAACAAAGCCUCUCUAGGACGGGUGUUGUACUUUCAGAAAUGAUAGAUAUAUAGAAACAUGUGUAGAGUUCAAUGAAGACAUUCAAACAAGAAAGACAAACUGUUUCAUUAUUGAGGCACACGUUUUAAUUUUCCAUUCUUUUCCUUUCUUAUCAAGAUGCCAUUUGUGUUGCAUUCCAGUGCAUGUUACGAGGUUAUUUGCAGCGCUCCCCUGAUAGCUCAGUUCCACUUGGUAAUUUUGACAUCUUGAAUGUUUCUUACUGGAUUGCAUAAAUUACAUUUCCAGUAGUAUUGUGAUUGAGAUCCCAGUCUCGUCAGCUUGAUGUGUAAAUGUUAAUCAAAUAUCAUUUUAUUCUACAAAAAAAAAAAAAAAAAAAGGAAAAAGAGAAAGAAA